AUGGGCCAAGAAAACCACUUAACUCAAAAGAGAACAACCAGCGUCGGGGGAGUAUUACCAACCACAACCUCCUCACGUAACCGAUCACUCCCACGUGGCCGCCAGAUCCAGAAAACAUUCAACAACAUCAAGAUCACAAUCCUCUGCGGCUUCGUUACAAUUCUCGUCCUACGUGACACUAUCGGUGUUAAUCUCGGCACGUCGCAGAACGACGCGCUCAAUCAGAAUGUUAUCGAAGAAACCAAUCGGAUCCUCACCGAGAUCCGAUCUGAUUCCGAUCCGGCCGAUCGGAAUCAGACCGAGACUUUCAUGACUUUGAACGACACUUAUGCGCUUGGUCCUAAGAUCCGGAAUUGGGAUACCGAAAGGAAAACUUGGCUUCGGAAGAAUCCUGACUACCCUAAUUUUCUUAGAGGGAAACCCAGGAUCUUGCUUCUUACGGGUUCGCCGCCCAAACCCUGUGAUAAUCCUAUUGGGGAUCAUUAUCUUUUGAAAUCUAUUAAGAAUAAGAUCGAUUAUUGCAGGUCAACAGUGCAAGGAGGUGUCUUGAGCUGA